AUGAAGUUGUCAAUUCGUUGCUAUGUGUCUGGUUAUCCUGUCAACACAAUAAAAUGGUACAGAGAUGGUCACAUGUUACCAAUGAAUCAUCUCCAGAAAGUAGAAGAUGGAACCCUGAUUAUAGAGAAGGUCCAGAGAAAUUAUGAUGCUGGAAGAUAUACUUGUCAGGCCAAAAAUCACGAGGGACUUGGAAUGACUCAAAGUGUCUAUGUCACUGUUGUUGAGCCACCAGUUGUAGAUGAGUUUAGUUUUGGUUAUCGUAAAGAAGGAGAUAGAAUAAUGAUAUCAUGUGUUGUGAGUAGUGGAGACCUACCUAUUACUAUUGGUUGGUACAAAGACAAUAAUCCUAUACCACAUGAUCUAGGGGUUGUUAUACAGACUAUUGGUCCAUUCUCUAGUCUCCUAUCAAUAAGUGACGUUAGUCCGAGACAUAAUGGUAAUUAUACAUGUUACGCCAGUAACGCUGCAGCUUAUACUAAUUAUACAGCUCCAUUACAUGUUCAAGUUCCACCACGUUGGGUAAUUAAGCCACAGAAUUCAUUUGUUGUUCUUCAUCAAUCCGUCCAAUUAGAUUGUCAAACAGCAGGCACCCCUACCCCUGUUAUUACUUGGAAAAAGGCAGCAGACACCAUGUCACCUGAUACAUAUGAAACAAUAUUUUUUGAUCCUGAGGACCAGAAUAUGCAGUUAAUGGAGAACGGAACAUUGUUUAUUAAAAACGCUCGUGAAUCGGAGCACGGUCAUUAUUUAUGUCAAGCAAGUAAUGGUAUUGGAUAUCCUAUUAGUCACAGAGUAUUCCUUACUGUUAGAGUGCCGGCACGUUUCGACGCACCUCAGAAGAACUAUACUGUAUUAAAUAAUCAUAAUAUAACAUUAGAAUGUCAAGGUAUAGGUGAUAAACCAUUAUCUAUAACGUGGAGUUUUAAAGGUAGUCCAAUCAGUACUAAUGGUAAUAAACGAGCGAAAGUUGUCAGUCACGAUACGCCACGUGGUAAAUUAUCUCAACUUUCUCUUCAACCUGCUAACAGAUCAGAUUCUGGUUUCUACGUCUGCAACGCUAAAAAUAAAUUCGGUCACGAUGACCUGAUGAUACAGCUAGUAGUUAUAGAGCCACCAGAACCACCUAAAGAAGUCAGAAUCAUCAAUACAACAAGUCGAGCUAUAACGUUGUCAUGGAAACCACCAUAUGAUGGCAAUAACCCAAUUAUAGCUUAUACAGUACAAUUCAGGAACAAUUCAGGAGUGUGGCAAGGAACUCUGGCUAAUGUAACAGUACCAGCUGGUCAACAUAGUGUAACACUAGAGGAAUUAAAACCAUCGUAUAUCUACAAUAUACGAAUAAUGGCUAAUAAUAGCGUAGGAUAUAGUGUACCUAGUCCAGAUCAAGUAGUCACAACUGAAGAGGAAGCCCCUACUGGUCCACCGGGAAAUGUGGUUGCUAAGGCGAUAGGAUCUCAAUCGUUGCAGGUCACAUGGGAGUCCCCAGCCGAUGGUUAUGUGAAUGGUAAAAUUCUAGGGUAUUACAUUGGCUAUAAGGAGACCAAUAGUCCCUCCCAUUUUAUCUACAUUACGCAAACAGUGGGUGAAGACUUCCAAGCCAAGCAUACCAUCCAUAACUUGAAGAAGUUUACAGAAUAUACAGUCCAUGUUAAAGCGUACAAUGCCAAGGGAAUCAGUCCAGCUUCUGAUAACAUACAGGUCUUCACAUUAGAAGAUGCAGAUGUGGAAUGCGUUCUUAACUCUGUUCAAACUUGUAUUAUUGAACGUUCUGUUGAUUCCAUGAUUCCUGAAGGUGCAGAACUCACCAAUGGAGGGAAUAAGUCAUCUGUCAUCAUGGAAAGAUCAUGCCAAGUUGUUCACCAACCAGCUGUACCGAGUCAACCACCACAGAAUGUUCAAGCCAAUCCAGUUAGUUCGGUAGCUAUUAGAGUAUUAUAUGCCCCACCCCCCCUGUAUACUCUACAUGGUAUAUUGCUAGGCUACAAAGUUCUUUAUAAACCUGUUAGAAAUGAUGAAGAUGAAAGUGAUGCUAGUUUUGUAACAACAGAUUCUAUGGAAGCCAUGUUGUAUAAACUAGAGAAAUAUACAAACUACAGUAUACAAGUCUUGGCCUAUACUCGGAAAGGAGAGGGUGUACGCAGUGAACCUAUUUACGUGACAACACAAGAAGAUUUACCAGAAAGUCCGUCAGACAUUAAGUCACUUCCUGUAAAUAGUAGCAGUAUAUUGGUUGCCUGGCAACUACCAGAACAUCCCAACGGAGAAAUAACAGAAUUUACACUUUAUGUUCUUAAUAACACAGCAGAUAGUAAGAAUCUAGAAGAUAAAGUAAAGCUACCAGCAGACACAUCAUCUUAUCUUGUCUCCAAUCUACAAGUGGGACAUCAAUAUGGUUUCCGUAUUACAGCUAGUACCAUGAUAGGGGAGGGAAAACCAACAGCCUUAAUAUUGGCUUCUCCACAGGAAAACGUGCCAGCUCGAAUUGCCAGUUUUUCUACCAAGUUGAUCGUACCAUGGCAUGAAAGUAUUACCUUUCCAUGUUUAGCUGUAGGAGAUCCUGAACCUUCUGUUGAAUGGAAACUCAGAGGUCACACCCUCAAACAGAGUGAGCGAGUCAAAGUUUUGGAAAAUGGUUCGUUAUAUUUUGAUGACGUCAUCGGUACGGAUGCCGCCAAUUAUUCCUGCCACGCUAAAAAUAAACAUGGAUUUGAUGACAUCACAUAUAUCCUGCAAGUUCAAGCUCCGCCGCAGCCUGCUAGACUGUAUUUAGCCUUGACAACAUCAUCUACCAUUCAAGUCAAUUGGUUGUCAGGCAGUAAUGGUGGCAGCCCCAUACAAGGGUUUGUGUUGAAUUAUAAAAAAGAACAUGGUUCGUGGCAAGAUAUCAGACUAGGACCACAGAAUAGAACAUAUAUUGCAGCUAACUUACUAUGUGGUACAUUGUAUAAAUUCAAUAUCCGGGCGUUCAAUAGACUAGGUGAUUCUCUAGACAGUGAUAUCGUUACUGCUAAAACUAACGGAUCAGUUCCCAUCAUGCCUCCACAGAGCAUGUUGGUUAAGGAAGUCAAUGCUACGUCGGUCAUACUUGACCUUCGAACCUGGCGGACAUCUGGCUGUCCAAUCAGAUUCUUCUCUGUAAAAUAUCAAGUGUUUGGUGAUAAUAUAUGGACGUUUGUGUCCAAUUCUAUGAGAUAUAACACAACCUUGUUUACUGUACAAGAUCUGCAUCCAGCAACAUGGUAUAAAAUGGUAGUCACAGCUCACAGUGAUGCUGGUUCUUCCGAAUCAAAACUUACUUUUGCAACACUUACCUAUACUGGCACUUUGUCAAACAAUUUCCUAAUAAAAUACAGUAUAAAUUCAUCAGUGGACUUACCUAGUGUCAUAAAUAAACAACAGAAUCCUUGUAUAAUCAAUAAUGUUAUGAGAUCAGGUACUAUUCUACCUAUACAAGUUAUUCAUAAAGAGGAGAGUGAAUUCUAUGAGAAAAUUACCAUCAUGGUGCCACUGUGUGCUGGCCUGGUUAGUUUAUCUGUUGCUAUUGUGGGAUCCAUACUCUUCUGUCGUAGAAGGAGAGAAAGGCUUCGGUACAAAGAGCAUGCUUCGAACCUGCGUAGAGAUAUCACAGCAGAAACAUCGUUGAUGAAUGACCUUGACAAAAGGUUAAAUGUUGACCUUGAUAGUAGUACGAGUACGCUACCUGAGUUUAGUAAACGGAACGUGAAUCUGUUAAUCUCGCUCCAUUCUGAUGAUAAUAUCAAUGGUAACAGUCAGUCAUGGUUGAUAGACAGUAGCAAGACAAACAGCGAGAACGGUUCUUUCUCUAGAUCGGAAGAUGAAGGAAAUAUUAACCCAUAUGCUACAUUUAACGAACUGAAAGCUGUGGUCAAUACUGGUAAACGUGUAGAAAUGAUGCAGAAAUCUUCAGAAUCAGAGGAUGAAAUAGCCCUACAGAAAGCAGCCAAUCAAAGAGAGGGAUUAAUGGCUACCCCUUGUGAACCCUAUGUACCAUUUUUCCACUCUAAGGGUGCAACUGGUACAGUCCCACGUAAACCUCCACCCCUACCAAAAACCAGACCCCCUAGAAGAACGAGACAUGAGGAAGUGAAGAAAGAGGGUUAUGACAAUCAUGGGGUCCUGCUGAGUCCCAGGAAGUAUGCCAGUGCUGAUCAGAUUCAUGCUCUGUUUACCCAGGCUCCACCUAGACCUCCCAGUUGUCAUAAAUCAGGAUCGGGAUCUAGUGACAAAGGAAGUCAGAGGCACAGUUUGAUAUCUAGCGUAACCACAGUAUCGUCAAGCAGAGAUGAAUUACUUGAAGCUUUGGAGAACGCUAAAAAGAACCCACCACCACCAGUUUUAUUUGAGAGUCAGAAUGAUGAUUCUUCCCAACCUACCGACAGUUCCAUUGCCACUGAACCUGGUAUUCGGGAAUUCACUCAAUCUCCUCCAAAACCAAACGAACAAAGAGAGGCUUCUUGUGAAGUUCCGUCAUAUGAACAGCAAAAAAGACGAAGGCAGCAUCGAAAAGAAAUGGAGAGUGACACAACUGAAUGUGAAGGGGGAGAACUCCAGGAUCAUUCCCCGCCCAGACGUACCAUCCGUGGCAGACGGAACAAACAAAAACCACAAAUUAUUAGUAAACGAUCUCUUGGUACCACUUUUAUCCCGAGAGCUCACAGUAGAACCAGUACUACUAGUAGUGAAGAGGUCACUUAUACAUUCGGUGGGAGGGAAUCCCCUCGGUCUAACAGUCCAUCAGAAGGGUACUUACCCUACCCUAGAGACGGGUAUGGCUACCCAGAAACAGACGUUGUGACUCGAACACGGCGAGAUAACAAAUCAAGAGGGAGGGGAACAGGAAGAGGAACUCCCCAUGGUAAACGAAGAUAUGAUGUGAGUAUUCAGACUCCAGGUACAGAUGAGAACAAACCACUAGUCAUGGCUCUAGCUCAGCCUGCUUUAACCAGUCCUGCUGAAGAGGAUGAACAUGUUAGUCUACUAGACAGAUAUUAUGAUCAUUAUCGAUGCUAUGAUAAUUAUUAUUAUUAUUAUUAUUAA